AUGUCAGCUUCGCCCUUUAUUCUCCCCGUCUACGUGACACGAGCUGCGACCUGGCGUCCGUUGCGUGACUUUGAGUCAGCGACGCGGCCCCUCGCAGACGAAUUCCACCUCUACGUCUGGCCAUCGACAACGCUGCGCUCCCUCACACAUAUGCUCCACGCCGCAGCUCCUAGGCUUACCCAUCCGCUCAAUCCUCAUGCAUUCCGUCUCAUCUUCUGGGACAAGAGGCGAAGACAAUACGUAGGUGACGAGGUGGCUCAUGACAUUGCGAGGGUAUCUUCAGACGAUGUGGUCAACAAACUCAGUAUCAUCUCAAGGCGCACUCUGGGAGCAGCUGCCGAGCACCCUUCAUCCAAGGACGGCCUCAAGACGAUCAGCGACAUUGGCUUCCAGGAGGGAGACUUUCUCGAAUGCCUUAUCCCUGGCACAACACCAACGACUGUACCUCUGGCUCCCCUUUCGGGACCAACGAGCAUUCGGAGGUACGGCAGGGAAGACUCGCGAGCAGCUUCACCCCCUCCGAGGGACUAUUACCCGCCUCGCCCACGCCACGGUCGCGAUGAUCGUCGAACCUCCGCCCACGAAGCUGCGACUAGAUCGAGAUGGUAG